AUGAAAUCCAUUGCACAGCGUAGCACGGCCACGCUGUCUUUGCAGGCACGGCAGUUCUGCGAGGAUGCUCAGGUGCAGCGCUUUGCUUUGCUCAGUGCGGCCUUCAUUUGCUCUAUGGAGAUCAGCUGCAUCAUUGAAGAGUAUAUCUUCGUUGCCCUGCCCGGGUUUCGUGGUUUCUAUUGGACCGUCGCCCUGGUCGAACUGGGUUUUUUCGCCGUCUCAGCCAUAGCGACUCGCUGGAAGGAGUAUGGCUUCGUCGGUGCCAUGCGGCAGCAGCUUCAGGCGCCCUUGAAGCUCUAUGCUCUCAUGGCGCUGCUCUUGGGCCUCUCGCAGGGAAACACAGCUUUGCAACUCUUGUACAACACAGCAGAGCUCAGACUUCCAACGUUGUUUGUUGUGCGGAAAAAGAGUUUUGCAGCGCGAUCCGUCAUGGCAACCCCAAAUUCGAAUGAUGUCGGAGUACAUCAGCAGGUUAUGAGCGCCCAAGCUCAGCCAGCUCCGCAGCUGAAUGGUACAGAAGGACCAAGGACAAGUGGUCUAAGUGGUGGCUAUGAUGCUACCGGACAUGUGGCCCCGAGAGCGGAGGGAACACAAGCUGCGCCGGAGCCUUCGAGUUUUUUGGAGGCGUCGCAGCCCCUGGAUGCUCCGGCGUCUUCUACCAGUCGACCACCAGCCUCAAUGGAGGCCACAUCCAUGCAGAGCCAGGCGGAGGCAACGAUGCCACCAGCGAUCUCUGACUUGGGUGGCAGACCUGGAGCUGGAAUAGCGGCGGCAGGUGAGGAGACGGCGGCCACUUAUGAGUUUUUUACUCCGCGCUCGAGAGGAGCGGGAACUAUGAGCCAGAAUAACUGGAUGGGUGUUAUGGAAGGUUUACCACGAUGGAUGAGCCGUCUCGGCUCGUACCUGGCGGUGAGUCACGAUCAGUUGGCUCCGAGCCCGCUGACGGGCGAAACGCGGCAGCUGCAGCUCAGUCAGGCCCCUGCGGACGAUCAGGUCACAGUGGGCUACUGGGCCCUUGUGGACGAUCAGGUCACGGCGGGCUGUUGGGUGAUCCACUUAUCGGCUCUUCUACCAUUGGGAGUCACCAAGGGGGCCUACUACGAUCUCUAUUGGGAGGCUCACGACAGCGUACACCUUCGCCACCGCCUCAAAGUCAACCACCACGGCACCACCAGCCUGGCCCAGUUGCCGAAUCACAAAGGGGGAGCCGAGGCAUCCCUCAGAUUCAACGAUUGGUUGGAGAUUACUACUACGGCGAUGACGGAUGUCAGCGAGAAGUCGGGCCAGUGGUGGGGAGCGGUCCUGUUGGUGGUCCGGGCGGCUUACAGCCGGUGGCUUUCGGCCUCUCACCUGGAGAGGUUGACGAUAAGCCCAGAGGGCAUGGAAGAGUUGUGCGUGGACCCAUGGAGUCGUAUGAAUGCGCGGGCCUGUACAAUGCUUCUGGGAUCGAUGCCGCAGGAGAUCAAGGAUGACAUGGUGGCGCAACAGUUGACUCAGAGAGCUCCGGCAAUGCUGUUUCGGUUGUUCAUAUGGUUUCAACCUGGAGGUUCGGCAGAAAGGCAAGAGGUGUUGAAGCGAUUGCAAUCUCCCCAGGAGUACCUCACGGGCGACAGCGUGGAGGCAAUCCUCGCAGAAGUGAGGAGCUGGCCAAGAUGGUUGAGCCGAUGCCGGACGAUGGGUAUGAGCCCUCCAGACCCACUGGUGAUGAGUCGGGGAUUGCAAGCCCUCACGGCGAAGCCGAUUAACUCAUCGGCAGAUGCUUCUUUCCGAACGAGCAUGCUAAGGUCGACCUACAGGUUGGACGGGCAGCCUACGCUGGAGCAAGUCCAAGGAUAUCAGAAGCACUUACAGGCAGAGCUGGAGGCGAUCGUUGGGUCCCAAAGAACUGUGUCGUCGCCGGGCACGGGGGCGGCCUUGAGAGCUAUUGAGACAUCCUCACCUACGACUUCGCCUAAGGGACCAAAGAGCCGGGAGAAGAACCAGGAGUUGUGUCGCUACUUCGCCAAACCAAGUGGAUGCAAACGGGGUGACAAAUGUGUCUACAGCCACUCGAUGAGUGGGAUGGACAAAGAGGUGCGAGCGCGAAAGUGCCUGAAGUGUGGAAGUGAAGGACACCGAGCCCGUGAUUGCAGCAUCAACAAGCCGCCGUCGCGGCCAAACCCUCCUGCAGAAAAGGGCUCCGCUACCACUUCGUCCUCUACUACACCCAGCAUAGCGACUAUGUCUACGGCGUCCUCGCUGGCCUCAGGAAGCCAGGGCACAGUACAAGGGACCCCCUGGACCCUCGAGACAUUGAUCCAGGCGGCCCAGCAGGUCAUCCACUCACAGGCCCCAGCCGAUGGCGAGAGCUCCCCCGAGAAAACAAAGGCAGAAGUUCGGGUCCUAAGCCUAUGUGAUGUUCGAGUGUCUUCAAUGGACAAGUCCACUACGGCUCUUCUGGAUUCAGGUGCUACCCACUGUCUUCGAAAUGCUCACGAUCAGGAGGAGUGGUUGCAAUCUGAGGAAGUGAUCGUCCAGCUUGCCGGGAACAACUCCUUGAAGAUGAAGCUGGGGGCUGGAGGUUCUUUGUUAAUGCCGCCCAGGAGCAGAACUUCAUCCACUACCACGACGGUGACUCAAGGACAAACGAUAGUCCCCUUAGGAGAACUGGUGAAGACCCUUGGCUACUCUUUGGACUGGUCUCAAAGGGGAUGUUUCCUUAUCGAUCCUGAUGGAGUGCCGCGGUCACUUGGUGUUUGUGGAGGGUGUCCUCUGAUACAGGAGGCGGAAGCCUUGGCAAUGAUUUCACGGUUGGAGGACCGAAAAAGAGAGAUGCUGGAGAACGCCACGGCGGUCACGCAGGAUGUGGUGGAGGCGUCUGAGCUCAUGAUGGAGGAUUCGUGGAGGAGCCAUUUGAGGUCGUAUGUGAGCAAUGGGUCUAUGGAGGCAGGACUACGGGCGAUAAGGGAUUCGCCGAUGUUGUCAGAGUUACCCGGGGAAUGCGUGGGAGGUCUGGUACAGGAGAACCUGAUGAACGACGAGUGGAAGGUCUUCAAGGACAUCGAGUACCUCAGCAGACCCCAGAGGAGGAGAUUGUGGACCUCAAGACGGUGGAUAGUCCACCUUUACGCCGGCUGCCCGGGGCACUUUCAGGUGUAUCAACUCGAUGAGGGCGACACCGUUGUGGUAGAACUGGAUGUGCAAAGGAACCGCGCUCACAAUGUGAUGAGAACUUCUACGUGGAAGCUGUUGUUGUGGGGCGCAAUGCAUGGGAAAAUAGAGGCUUUGAUAGGAGGGCCCCCUGGGCGAUCGGGCCUGGGACGCCAAGUUGGUGAUGAAGUGGCGUGGGACAACAAGUCCCUGGCAGCAAUCACGAGGAUGUUGUGGUUGUAUGCGGUGGCGGAAGAGGGGCGGGCCCUCAACGCCCGCGGGGCGGAUCUAGGAAGGCCGGUCGCCUUUAUGUUGGAGCAUCCACCAGGAGUUCUAGGUGAUGCUUUGCCGGGAACGACGUCAAGGAGAAGAUCACUAUGGGACACUUCGAUGUGGAGGGCAUUCCAGGAGGAGUACGAGAUGACGAAAGUCACCUUUGAUCAAAGGGCAAUGGGAUCGAGUGGUUCGUUGCCUACAACGCUGGGGACCAACGUCUACUACCUGCAGGGCCUCCAUGGCGAAGGUCUGGGAGACGCUGUGAAAGCGGAAAGCGCCGAUGCAAGUGGGACUUGGUCAGAGGGUCUCACAAGGGCGAUUGUGAUGGCGCUGAAAUUUUGGAGAAGGCAUCCGGCUACUACUCCACGACUGUGUCCUAUGACGGCGGCACAAUGGAAACGGCACGUGGACAGCAACCACCUUGACUACAACCGAGAGUGCCUGACAUGUGUCCUAGCUCGGGGAACGGGGCGUCGACAUGCUCGGGUUCGUCAUCCGGAUAUGUUUACCCUUACGAUCGAUAUUGCCGGACCAGUGAAACCGGGCUUGGACUGCACUUCAAAGGGCACUCAGGGCAAGGGGCUCCGCUACCUGAUGGUUGGCAAGUACACUCUGCCGAAGGAGUUCGUGAAGUCUUACAGUGGCCGAAAGCCUCCCGACGAUGAUGGACUUCAAGAUCCCUUGGAAGUUGAGGACACCAGUGCUGGACUGGAGCAAAGCAAAGAGCCAGAGGCACCUUCUCAACUACCACCACGUGAAGAGGGGAACACCAGCUCCGCGCAGAGUGCUGGACCAGAGCAAAGCAGAGAGCCAGAGGCACCUUCUCAACUACCACCACGUGAAGAGGGGAACACCAGCUCCGCGCAGAGUGCUGGACCGGAGCAAAGCAGAGAGCCAGAGGCACCUUCUCGACUACUACCACGUGAAGAGUGGGAUCCGUUUUUUGAUGAAGAUGUGCCAGGUGAACAAGGUCGUUACAGUAAAGAAGAUGUGCCAGGUGAGCAAGGUCGUGAUGACGAUGAUGACCAGCUUGUGGAACAGUCGGAUUUCAUCGGGGCUACGGAGAAGCAGAGGGAGAUCCUUAAAGACUAUGAGUGUUCCGAGUACGAGCCAUCACUCCCAGGUGACGGUGAAGAUCCUCUACCCGAUGAGGACCGACCAGACCGGGGCGAGCCAGAUAGUGAAGGAGGGUUACGUCCAGAUUGUGAACCACCAGAAAGUACAGUGCUUAUGUUUGCCAAGGCCCUGAAGACCAACGCGGGGACGGAAGUGAAGAGUGCAAUUCAGGAUAUCGUCCUCUACCUUGACGCCCACGGCCUACCUACCUACCGAUUCCAUGCUGAUCGCGGUGAGUGUUUUAGUCACAGCAUUCGUGGAUGGCUACGAGAUCGUCAUAUCAAGGCUUCAUGGUCGGAGGCAGGUGUUCCACAAGGUAAUGGGCGUGCAGAGGCGGCAGUACGGUGGGUCAAGGAUCGAACGAGAACGCUGCUACUGGGGAGUUCGCUGCCUACGACUUUGUGGCCCACGGCAGCUGAGACAGCAGUUGCCCAGCAAAGAGCGCGAGUGUUGGGAUGGAAGUCCAAGCUCAUUGCCCCCUAUGGGGCAGCAGUCCUGGUGAAGGAGAAAGCCUUUGAUGCCCAGGGACCCCGUCGUCGAGACAAGGCCUUCGAGACCAAGUGGAUUCGAGGCCACUAUGUGGGCCUUAGUAGCCUACUGGAGGGAGGACAUGUUGUGCAUGUACCCGAGUCGGAGGCGAAGAAAGGUCACUUCCUUCACACGUUCCAUGUCAGAGCUCGACUACAUGAUCCGGGACCUCCCGAGGAGGAGUUGGAAGUUGUGGAACCACCUAAGCCAAGGAGGAGGGUGUCAACAAAAACCCCAACCAGCCACGUCGAGAUGAAGGUUUUGGGCCUCUCCGAGAAUGAGUUGGGUUUGUAUGCAAAGACCAAGGCAAAGCUUGUUCUCGAUGAUUGGGACGUGGAGAAGGCAAUGGAGCUUGUAGGGGAGCUAGGUGACGCUGGGUUCUUCGAGGACAGGAAGUUUGGGGUCUAUAGACACGGUGGUCGUGUGGGAUGGAUGAAGGGACUUCCCGAACAUCCUGAAGUGGGAACCAUGUUGGCCAAGAUCAUUCUGGAGUUCUCCCCAGAGGCAACGUUUACGUCGAUCAUGGUUUCAAAGGACUGCGACAGGGGCUACCACAAGGACACGAACAACGACAGCAGCACCAGAAACUACAUAGUCCCUAUCAAGGUUCCGGAUAAAGGUGGUGGUUUGUGGGUUGAGCUACGACCAGGUGAUCUGUUGGUGGGUGAUGUUCUACAGCGGGCAGAUCCACAGGGGCGAGUUCGUUAUGGGCAGGUCCAUGAGAUGAAGGAGGGGAUGGCCGUGGAGUUGGACCCUCGACGAGCACAUGAAGUUCUCCCAUGGACGGGCACCCGUAUCAAUCUGAUAGCCUAUACUCCGGACAGCCUUGGUAAGCUUUCCUAUGAGGAUGUAAAGGCCCUGGACAACUACGGCUAUCCUACACCAUUGUCACAGCUACCCGAGUACUUCAUGAAGACCCAAACAGCGGAGGCGAAGUUAGACAAAGUGGAGGUCCAGGAGGAGCCGGUUUCGGAGGAUGACGAUGAUUGGGAAAUGUUCGUCGAGGCUGAGCGUGGACGAGUCAAGGUGGGGAGUUCAUCAAGGGGGAGGUUACUUCAGAACAUCCCUCGCGUGAGCAAGACGGAGGUGACCUACACAAAGGACGUGGAGCAGAUCCUGGCCAGCCUCACAGAGCCUCUGAGGGUGACCUACACAGUGGACCCACGAGAAGCGCUACUACAUCUCGAUGAGUGGAAGGAGGCCAUCGCCAAAGAAGUGAAGGGGGUGGAAGUAGCGAUUCGCAGGUUGAUGCCAGGGACACCAGAGAGGGCAGUGUGGCUUCAAAGAAAAGGAGUUCAACGACUACCAACCAAACUAGUCUACACUGUCAAGCCAAACGAUGCGGCCGACCCAGCCGACAAGAAGACCUGGUUUCGACGGAAAGCUCGGCUUGUGGUUUGUGGAAAUAUGGCAACGAAUGCGUGGUCCGACUACUACUGCGAAACAGCUCCAACAGAAGCUGUCAGAGCAGGACUGGCUAUGUCGCGAUCCCGACAGUGGCAGGUUGCGCUGAUAGAUGUCGUCGCGGCCUUUAUCCUCACCCCAAUUGGCGAGUCGGCGCGCGACCCGAUCAUUGUGGUGUGUCCACCAAAGGUCUUGGAAAGGCUGUCGUUGACUGUGGCCCAAGAGCUUUGGGGCCUAAUCAGGGCCUUAUAUGGCUUGAGGGAAGCACCAAUGCUCUGGUCAGCCUAUCGUGACCGAACCCUGGCUAGGAUGGUUUCUCCGUCUGGGUGGCGAUUCAGACAAGGCCGAACAGUGACGUGCUGGUGGGUGGUCACAGACGAGUCCGGAGCAAUGAAGGCGCUGAUCAUCAUCUACGUGGACGACAUGUUGAUCAUUGGCAUGCAGGAGGCAGUGAAGGAGGUAGCCAACUUGGUGCAGGGGGUAUGGGCAACAAGUCCGUUGACCUUCUUGCGACCAGGUAAUCCUCUACGUUUUCUGGGAAUGGAGCUGUCCAUGAGCGAUGAUGAGUCAAUGAUCUUGGUGGGGCAGCAAGCCUACAUCGAGGAGUUAUGUCGUAACUAUGGGGUCCAGAGGCAUGAUAAGAUCCCCGUGAGCAAGGACGCCAGCAACUUCAACGUGAUGAAGGAGGACGUUGAGCCCGACGAGGGAGGCAUCGCCCAGGCACAGCGGGUAACGGGAGAGCUGUUGUGGAUAUCCCAGAAAACUCGACCUGACCUCUCCUACGGGUGUUCGUUGUUGUCCUCAAUUACGCUGAAGGCUCCUUACCGAGCCGUUGAAGUUGGAAUGAAGAUGAUCAGGUACCUCUACGGCACCAAGACGUGGCGGAUGGCCUUCCGGAAGGGAGACAAGUCCCUUACUAUGUUCCCCGACGCCGCCUUCGCACCGGAGAGUGAAAGAAGCCACACGGGUUGGCUAGUGGUGUGGGGAAAUAACCCCAUCGCAUGGCGCUCGUCGCGCCAGCCAACCAUAGCGCUAUCUACAGCGGAAGCGGAACUAACAGCGAUUCUGGAAGGAGCGGUGGCUAUGCUGGGGAUUGAGAGCCUGCUUGUGGACCUCAAUGAGGAGAUCGAGGCGAAGGGUGUGGGAUCAGACAGUAUCCCGGCACUUACAAUCAGUGCUGGAAACGGAUCAUGGAGAACCCGCCACCUGAGACUAAAGUCAGCUUGGCUGCAGGAGAUGAUCACGGCCGGGGCAAUCAAUGGCUUUCAUGUUCCAGGCUUGAUACAACCAGCUGACUUACUGACCAAGGCGUUGGCAAGUCAGCGGAUUCGAGAUCUACUACAUCGGUGGAACAUGAUUGGCGACGGUAUCCCUCUACCUGGGCAUGGAGUCAAAAGUACAGCCGUGGUUUCAGAGAAAAUGCUGGUAGCUACCAUUUGCUGUUUGAUGGCUACAAUGGCAUCAGGUCAGCCUGACCGUGAGCCUCGGAUCUCUAUCGACUGGGACAUGGCGGGGAUAUUUAUGGUUCUCCUUAUGGUCUUGGGAGGUUUGGUUAAUUGGGAAGGUCUGAAGUGGCUGGUGGCAGAGCUCUCGCAAGAAUGGCUACCUGGGGCAUCCAAGAGGAAGCUGAGGAAGCUGAAAAAGUUGAGAACCCCCGACUUCUACGACGAGUGGGUCUACGAGUCCAAGGAGGACACCUAUUGCGCAGCCAUCUACUAUGAGGGCCACGACGGAAGUGACGAUCCGGGCGAGGUCCUACGUGUGAGUGUUGAUCUGGCGGGUCUUAUGAGAUGCGAAGAGCUUCGCGAAGCCCUGCGCAUAAAUGGCCUGCAGACUUCGGGACUGAAGGGAGACCUGUCAGCGUAUCUCAACUAUGCCACGAACACAGUGAUCAAGAGCGGCAAGCUGGUGCCCACCUUGCUGAUCUCAGUCAUCUGGCUAGAGCGCAAAGUUUCGCUUGCGGAGUGGGCGGCUGCCGUUCUAUUGGUGCUCUCGUCCGCGUUCAUGGCUCUGGGUGAGCAGGCGGUGACCCCGAGUUUCGAUCCAAUAGGACUCAUCCUGGCCGGGGCCCAGCUCUUGUGCGCGGCCAUGCAGGGGAAUCUCCAGGAGAAAGCGCUCAAGGACUAUGGGGCAUCCAUCACAGAGGCCCUGGCCUGCAGCAACGGCUUCGGCGUGAUCGUGGUCUGGGUAGCUGUCCAGGUCUCCGGAGAAGCAGGACCUGCCUUCGAGUUCUUUCUCAGCUCUCCGCUCGGCUCUACUUUGGUCCUCCUCCGCUCGCUGUUUUUCUUCCUUGGUGUCGUGGCCCUCACUGCUUUGACCAAGGACCAUGGGACUGGGGCAGCCACAGCCGUCGGCACAGCGCGAAAAUCGCUGACCGUGCUGUUCUCCUUCAUGAUGUUUCCGAAGCCCUGGCACAUGAACUAUGUGUUGGGGACCUUUGCGUUCAUCGCGGCCGACCUGAUCUACUUCCAGGUGAGCUCCGCACGAGCCUCUGCGCGCCGGAAGCUCGCAGCCUGCAACCCAGAAGACGGCAAUGCCAGGCACUGCAGCAAAGACGAAGUGUGA